UCAUGGAAAAACGUGAGGCAUUUAUAAAUAGCAUUUCCAAAGAUUCUGCUGGAGACUUUUUACAUUUUAUCCAGCUUGAUAAAGAUGCUUCUGACCCUUUCAACCUGAGUGAAUUGCUGGAGGAGUUACCAAGGAAACAGAAAGAAAAAUUAUGGGAAAGGCUGAAGAAUUUAUUAACUGCUGUGCUCUUAGAAAAUCCAGUAGAUGGCUGGCAGAGAUUUGAAGAUGACUGUGAAGAUCAGAUGGAAAUAGAACGGGGCCCAGAAAUGAAACAAACUCUGGACGUAAUUCAUGGGAUUGCAUCCGUCGUUACAACAUCAGUAUCUGUAGUGAAUGAAAAUGAAAAUUACAAAGCUCUGCUUGAGUGUGCAGUCAUAUUAAACGGUAUUUUAUAUGCAUUACCUGAAUCUGAAAAAAAACUACAGACAGUCAUUCAGCAUCUCUGUGUGACUUGGUGGGAUAAAGGCCUGGAUGCCAAAGAAGAGUUGGGGAAAAGUGCUUUGAUUGUAUUGCUAAGAAAGAGUCUCACCACUAAAACAGGUGCAGAUAUAUGUCGGCUGUGGCACAUCCAUCCAGCGUUGCUUUGUUUUGAUUAUGAGUUGGAGGAAAGUCAAGAAAUUAAAGAUAUGUUGCUUCAGUGCUUUAUGAGUGCCAAUCAUGUUAAAAAAGAAGAGGGAAGGAGAUUCCUCAGCUUUCUAUUCGGCUGGAAUGUAAAUUUCAUCAAAAUGAUCCAUGGGACCAUUAAAAACCAAUUGCAGUGCUUUCCGAAGUCCUUGAUGGUGCACAUUGCUGAAAUUUAUUUCAGAGCAUGGAAGAAGGCUUCUGGAAAGACGUUGGAGGUCAUUGAAAAUGGCUGCAUUCAAGAUUUCAUGCAUCACGGGGUUCAUCUUCCCAGGAGUUCUCCAGUACAUUCCAAAGUACGGGAGGUAUUAAGUUAUUUUCAUCAUCAACAGAAGUGUCGUCAAGGAGUUGAAGAAAUGCUAUGUCGAUUGUAUCAACCCAUCCUUUGGAGAGGAUUAAAGGCCAGAAAUUCAGAAGUCCGGUCAAACGCUGCAUUAUUGUUUGUUGAAGCAUUUCCUUUAAGAGAUCCCAACCUGAACAGUGUAGAAACGGAUAACGAAAUUCAGAAGCAGUUUGAUGAACUUUAUAGCCUUUUAGAAGAUCCACAACCAUUGGUCCGUUCUACUGGGAUUCUUGGUGUCAGUAAAAUAACAUCCAAAUACUGGGAGAUGAUGCCUGCAACCAUCCUUGCUGACCUUCUAAAGAAAGUCAUUGGAGAUUUGGCUUGUGAUGUAAGCUCAGCUGAUGUUCGCUGUUCCGUUUUUAAGUGUCUGCCGACAAUUUUGGACAACAAACUAAGCCACCCAUUAUUGGAACAGCUACUGCCAGCACUGAAAUACAGUCUCCAUGACAAUUCCGAGAAAGUGCGAGUGGCUUUUGUUGAUAUGCUGCUGAAAAUUAAAGCUGUCAGGGCUGCUAAGUUUUGGAAAGUGUGUUCUAUGGAGCAUCUCCUGGCUCGCCUUGAAAUCGAUUCGCGGCCCGUGUCUCGGCGCAUAGUGAACCUCCUCUUUAACUCUUUCCUGCCGGUUAAUGAGCCAGAGGAGGUGUGGUGCGAACGCUGUGUGACGUUAAUCCAGAUGAACCCGGCAGCAGCCCGAAAAUUCUAUCAGUAUGCUUACGAGUACACUGCUCCCACCAACAUAGCAAAGUUGAUGCACACUAUCCGUCAUUGCUUAAAUGCUUGCAUUCAGAGAGCAGAAAAAGACUGUCAAGAGGAUGACAGUGAUACUGAAGAGGAGAACAGAACUGUAUUGAAUGAUGUGUUGUCAGUAAAUGAUGUGGCUUCCAUGGCAAGCUUAUUGGAAAUCAUUGUAAUUCUUUGGAAAAGCAUCCACAAGGCAUUGGAAUACAAUAAGGAAGCUAAAGCCUACACCAUUAGCAAGUUUGCUGCUGUAAUUCCAGGGUAUCUUAAAGUGUUUAAGGAAGAUCGCUGUAUAAUUCCACUGAUUACCCUGAUAUCUUUCCUUCCGGCUUCUGCUAUUCCUCCAUUCAGCUGUAGUGUAAUCUCUACAUUGAGAAAUCAAGAGCAAGGAGUUGCUGAAAACAAAUAUCACUCCCUGAUAGAUUGCCUUUGUCGCUGGGGGCAGGUGGGACAUAUUCUUGAGCUGAUUUGUGAUUGGUUGCCCGAUGGUCAGCCCCAAAGAAAGAAUAGCUCAACGUCUUUGCGGCGAGUACAGAUACAGGAUACUCGGGAGGCAAGACCAGAAUUAGCAUUGGUUUACACGGAAUAUUUGCUGACACAUACUGAGAAUCGAGAUUGUCUCCUCUCUGCCCCAACAAAUAUAUUAAAUCACCUUUUGAAAGCACUUGAAACUUCAAAGGCAGCUUUGGAAUCAAUUUUACAGUCAUCAGAUACAGCGUCUCAUAACUUCAAUCAAGUAACUGCCUUACGAGCCUUCAGUCUCUAUUGUCGAUUAAGUAUUCAUCUCCAGCACAAGUUCAGCUCUGAAGAAAAGACUUACAUGUUGGUUUUGGAGGACACUAGGAUUUGGAUAGAAAAUAAUGUGCUCCCUUUGAUUCACAAAGAAGAAGAGGAACAUUUGACGCACCACAGCGAGGUUUACCAGCAAAUCAUCCAGGCCUACCUGACGGUGUGUAAAGAUGUCAUAAUGGUCGGCCUGGGAAACAGCAAAUUUCAGUUACAGUUUUUAAAUCUUACUUUGGCAAUCAUACAAACAGAGAGGGGGAGUUUUUGUGUUCCAGUACUACUUAACGCUCUGAAAGACAUUAUAGCCAUUUUCUCAGUGCACAAUACUUAUUCCGAUGAAGAGGUGACAGUAAUAUUUGAUGCUGUGCAGAAGGUGUUCCAGAAAAUGUUGGAAUGUGUCGUUCGCAGUCUCAAAAAGAAACAAGAAGGAAGUGCAAUGUUACUUCGAUCCAUUCAAAUACCCCUUGAUGAAUUUAUCUGUGCCGUGCAGGCUUGGCAUACGAAUACAGCUGUUCAGCGAGGAGUGUUUUCUACUCUCUUAGCGCUAAUGGUGGUUGAAAUAAGCCACAGACUCCAAAAGGCUUCAAAUAUAGAAGAGCUCGCUCCACCAGAGAGCCUUUCAGACCUCCCACCAUUUUCACAGUAUUUGCUGACAAUAAUAAUAAAGUCAGCAGAUAUAGUCAGGUCAUUUUUACAUGAAUUAUUGGAAAGCAUAACUUUUGAAGAUAUUGAAGGCAUCAAAUGUCUCUCAGCUGCUGUACAUAUGCUGGUGAUUAUUAGUAAAUGUAAACACAAGGGCUUAAAUGUUAAGAACGUCGCCGCCACUCUUGAAAGAAAAUUAAAGACAUUCAUGGAAAUUACCUUGGAAGAGGAUAGCUUUGAGAGAACAUUAUAUGAAUCAUCCCUUAGAGUUUUGGGUGAACUUUUGAAUCCAUAAGCGAGGAUCUAACUUUGGACAAGUGAAACUGCAGGAGAAAAAUGAUGCAUUUGUUUAUAAAAAGUGUAUUAAAUGUAUAGUAUAUGAUCUGUAAUCCAUAUAUCAUAAAACAUGGAAUAGUAUCUAUU